AUGGCGGAGUCGACGGAAGCUGCGCGCAUCAACGGGCGCGAGCUUCUCGCGCUGAUCGAGGAGCUUCAGGGCCAGUUCCUGGAGUCACGAAGUGAAGCCCGCCGAGGGCUGGAGGAUGUGGCGUCCUCCACACGUUCCGAAGCGCAGGCUGGCAUGGAUGACCUGAAGACACAGAUGAGCGCGCUGCGAUCUGACUUCAUGGAGGUCCGUAUGCAGGUGAAAGCCUUGACAGACGCCAUGCCGGGUGUGGACGAAAGCUGCAUCAGCCUGCGCCGGGGCCUGCAGGACACCACGAUCGCAACCGGCAAGGCGCAGAGCACGGCGGACGACGCCGCCGCCGAAUCGGCACGUCUGCAGUCCUUUGUGGAGGCGCUGAAGAUCUCCGAGGACAAAAAGAAGUACAUUAUGGACCUGUUGAACCCGGUGCUCGAAGAGAUGGUGGCAGAGUGCAUCCACAAGAUGCCCAAGGAUCCUGUGCCUUUCAUGCUGGACUGGCUUGAAGGCAAGCGAGCCGCAGAGGAGGACAAGUUGCUGAGCCCGGAAGAGAAGGACAAACUGGUCAAGGAGAAUGAGGACAUGGCUGUGAAGGUCAACAAGCUGAAGGGUCAGGUGCAGGAGGCGGCCAAGAUGGUGACGGAAAGCGCCGCACCAGUAGAGGAGGAGGAGGAAGAGGAAGAUGACGAGGACGAUGAGCCACCUCCCGGCUGGGAGAAGGACAUGGACAACCGCGGUCGAACCAGCGUCUCUGCCGAAGCUUAUGGUGAGUGGAACGCCAAGAAGGCAUUCGUGCCUCCGGUGAUCAUCAAAUCAGACGAGCAGAAGGACCGCCUCAAGGGCUGUCUGGUGAAGUCCUUCCUCUUCUCCAACCUGGACACGAAUGAUCUCAACAUCGUCAUUGGUGCAAUGAAGGAAGUGAACGCGAAAGUUGGCAACCGCGUGAUCAACCAAGGUGACAACGGCGACUUCUUGUUCGUCAUUGAGUCGGGCGUUUUGGAUUGUCUCAUCAAGAAGGGCGAGGAUGCGGAGGAGACGGUGGUGAAGAAGUGUGAGCCGGGCGAUGUCUUCGGUGAGCUUGCUCUGCUUUACAACUGCCCCCGUGCAGCCUCGGUGGAGGCGAAGGAAGACUGUGUGCUGUGGCAGCUUGACCGCGACACCUUCACCCACAUUGUGAAGGAGGCCGCCGAGAAGAAGCGCCAGCGAUAUGACGCCUUCCUCAGCAAGGUGCCUUUGCUCUCGUCCAUGGACGCCUACGAGCGCUCGCAGCUCGCUGAUGCCCUCAAGGUGGAGACCUUCGAGCAGGGUCAGAAGGUCAUCACAGAGGGUGAAGCUGGCGACAAGUUCUACAUCAUUGAGGACGGUCUUUGCGUGGCUACCAAGGGCGAGGUUGAAGUCAUGAGCUACGCAGCUGGCGACUACUUUGGUGAGUUGGCAUUGAUCAACAACAAGCCCCGUGCUGCCACCGUCGUGGCCAAGGGAGAUGCCAAGCUGCUGAGCAUCGACAGUCGCAGCUUCAAGCGCCUCAUCAAUGUUGCCGACCUCAUGACGAAGUCCUCCAAGUACAAGUGA